AUGCAUCCUACUCCACAUUUUACUGAAGAACAUAUUCGUGAAUCUUAUUACACAGUUACUUCGAAUCUUAAUAAAUAUGAAAAUAUAGAAGAUAUUACUAUUAUUUGGUUGGACUCACAUUUAGAUGUAUCACUCGAUUGUUUUGAUACAGAAAGACGUCUACGACAAAUGAUUGAUCAUAUUUUAACGUUCCAUUCAAAAGAGCUAUUUCUGGAAUAUUUGAACUCCGAAAUACAACAGGAACAGAUAUUUUUGAUUGUCUCUGGUAGUGAUGGAGAACUUAUCGUACCACAAAUUUAUUCAUUAUCAAAAAUUUCCUCGAUUUAUAUUUUCUGUAAUGAUACAAUCAAACAUGAACAAUGGACUAAAGCUUUUACCAAAAUUCGUGGCGUGUUCAAUACGAAAGAUAUGCUUUUUAAAAGAAUUACAUCUGAUAUUACAUUAUGUUUAACAAAUUUAUUACCAAUUAGAAUAUUAGCAAAAAAAGAUACCAAUCAAAAGUCACUAUAUGAUUUAACAUUUGAAGGCGCACGUUCAAUGUGGUUUCAACUUUUAAUCGAAGCUUUAGUGAAUAUGAAACAUUCGGAUGAGGCUAAAAACGAUUUAUUGGAAAUAAGUCGAAAACAGUACAAAUAUGAUCGAGUUGAAACUAGAAAAAUUGACGAAUUUGAUCGAACAUACACACCUGAUAAAGCUGUCUGGUGGUAUACAACAGAUAGUUUUCUCUAUCGUCUAUUAAACAGAGCUUUACGAACAGAAAAUAUCGAUAUUAUUUAUAAGUUUCGUUCGUUUUUGGCUGACUUAGAUAAUCAAAUAAGAAAUCUACAUAAAGAACAAUCAUCAUCACGAAAACCGAACGAAACAUUUUAUCGUGGUCAAAAAAUACCUGCAAUAGAAUUAAAAACUUUACAAGAAAAUAUUGGUGGUUAUAUAGCGAUGAACACAUUUACAUCAGUAUCAGAAUCAAGUGUAACCGCAUUAAAUUACGCAGGCAAUGGUGAAGAACGACCGGAGCUGGAAUCUAUCCUUUUCCAAAUUGAAAUCAACAUACCUUUAUCACCAUGUGCUCAUAUUACAAAACUUAGCCAGUUUCCAAAUGAAGAAGAAAUUUUAUUGACUACAGGUAGUGUAUUUCGUAUAGUCAACGUGGAACCGUUUUAUAAUCGAUGGAUAGUAGAAUUAACUUUGGAUAAAUCUGAUAAUCGGCAAAUGGAAGAGCUUAAAAAUUAUUUAAAAAAACAACUAUUUAAUCAAUCAUCGCAAAUUAAUUUAGCAAGAAUUUUAUUUCAAAUGUCUGAUUACAAUCGAGCUGAACACUAUUGUAUUAGAACGGAAAAAGAACUUGCAUCUGAUGAUAACGAUCGAGCUGGUCUUUACCAACUUUUAGGCGAGAUUUAUCAGAAUGGAAAGGGAGAUUAUAAUACAGCUAAAGAAAUGUAUGAUAAAGCACUCUGCUAUAGUAAUAACAUAUCACAAUUUGCAACACUUCACAACCAUUUAGCAUUACUUCAAAAUGAGAUCGGUGAAUAUGAUACUGCUUUGAAGACUUUGAAAAAGGCUGACGCAUUGUGUCGCAAAGAUAAUUUGUUCGAUCCUUUUGUUGUCAUGAAUUUGGCUAAUAUUUAUGUAAAUACUGGCAUUGUUUAUCGUCAUAAACUAGACUUUGUCAGGUCAUUACAGUAUUAUAAAAAGGCUUUAGAUCUUAACUUACAAAUUCUACCAGAAUUACAUCCGUCACUUUCCAUUCUUUACAAUAAUACUGGACAUUUAAAUUGUAUUAUAUGUGAUUAUGAUGCAUCAUUGAAAGCGUAUGAAAAAGCUCUGAACAUCCAAUCACAAUGUCUACCAAAAAUACACAUAGAUUUAGCCACAGUACACAAUAACAUGGCUAUUGUCUAUAUGGUAACGGGACGAUUUUUAGCGGCUUUGGAAAGUUUUUCUAAAGCUUUAAAUAUGUUUGAAACAUUAUUAGAAACAAAUCAUCCAACGAUAGCCACUCUACAUCAUAAUAUUGGCGACACGUACCAACGAUUGAAACAGAACGAUAAAGCUGUCAAUUAUUUAGAAAAAGCUCUAGAAAUGCGUAUUGAAAAGUUACCACUAACACAUAAACAUAUUGCUGAAUCAUACGAAAGUUUGGCAUGGACAUACUACCAUCUUUUGAAUUAUGAAAAAGCAUUAGAUUUCUGUGAGAAGACAUUAGAAAUCGAACCAGAUAGUGCCAGUGCUUAUCAUUGCAAAGGACUAGUAUUUGAUUCACAAUGCAACUAUAAUCGUGCUCUGUCAGCACUUCAGAAAGCACUUGGUUUAUAUGAGAACUUCCCAGCAAAACGUACUAUUGCAUAUGUCACAGUGCAUAAAACCAUUGCUGAUAUAUUCACAAUUCAAGAAAAACUCAACGAUGCUAUCGCACAUUAUAACAAAGCAAUAGACUUAUAUCAUUGUGGAAAAGUAUCAAAUUCUACAGUCAUUAUAAAUGUGUACAACGCACGAGGAGCAUUUUUCUGUCGAACGGGAAAGUAUGAUGAAGCUCUCAACGAUUUGAAAAUCGCUUUGGACAUGGCAAGAAAUAUUAAAGAAUAUUUGAUACUUCCUAGCAUUUUUGUAAGUAUGGGUAAUCUGUAUCUUAAACAAAGUCGUCUCGAUGAAGCAUUGAAAUGUAUCAAAGAUGCCGAAGACCAUGAAUCGGCAUUAUUUGUCGAACAGUAUUCUAUGAAAGGCGAAAAAUUCCGUCUAUUAGCAGACAUAUUAUUUCAACAAGAACAAUAUGACAAUGCUUUACAAAAUUAUAAAAAUGCCUUGGAGAUUUUCUCUCAAUCUUCUUCUUCCAACAAACUGGCUAUUGCUUGCGGUCAGAUCGAUUUAGGUCGCACCUAUGAACGGAAAUGUUUAUAUGACGAGUCAUUAAGUGCUUUUCUAGAAGCAUUGCAUUUACUGACGAUACUAUUUGCAUCUAAUCAUCCAACUAUUGCAGAUAUAUACUAUAAAAUUGCUCGUAUUCACAAAAUGCGACACAUUGAUGACAUAGCUUUUAGCGCAUUUGAAACAGCAUUGCAUAAACAACUUCAUUCAACAUCAAUCAAUUACCCCGUUCUCGCAGAUAUAUACGAUAAUCUGGCUGAUAUUGCAUUCGAAUUAGAACAAAUUAAAGAAUCACAUCAAUAUUAUCAAGAAUCUCUCGAAAUACGACUAAAACACAAUCCAUAUGAUGCAUUUCUCUCGUAUGUGAAUAUGGGUCGUUUAAAAAACAAUCAAGGACAAUAUUUGGAAGCGGAAGAAUUAUUUAAAAAAGCAAUUGAUGCAUAUGUUUCGGAUAACAGUUUCGCUGCUAGUUACAGUCUUGCAAAAAUUUAUAUUGAUUUAGCUCUUGUAUAUAAUAGUGUAGAAAAAUACGAUAAAGCUAUGGAGACAAUUUCUAAAGCAACUGAAACAAGACAAAUCGACGAUGAGAAAACAGACUCGUUAAUCAUGUACGCGAUCGCAUACAUUUAUCAAAUGCAAAACCAGUAUGACGAAGCAUUGGAUUACUAUAAAAAAAUAUUACGUAAAUCUCAUCUAGCUAUGGAUGAUGAAACUCUAGCGAUGACCUAUAUUCGCAUUGCUGGUAUCUAUUAUGAGCAAAAACAAUUUAGAUUGGCUAUAGAACACUGUGAGAAAUGUUUUAACUAUAAGUCCAAAAAUGUAAAAUUAGAUGUAAUAUAUGAAAGUAUGGCUAGACUUUAUAAAUGUCUUGGAGAAAAAGAAGAAAAAGAAGCCGCUAAAUGUGAAUAUUACAAAAACGCUAUCGAUAUUUGUAAGAAAAUGUUCGAAUUUUGUUCAUCUGAUCAUAAACAAUUAUGUAAAAUACAUAGUAUGAUUGCUGAUUUAUACCUUCAAUUGAAUGAUAUAGAUUUAGUAAUCGAACACAAUGAAUUAUCGCGUGAUCAUAUACUUAAUGUAUCACCAAUAAAUUACAAUGAUUUAUUAGAUAUUUAUGAAAAUUUAAUUUAUGCUUAUACACUUCGCGAUGACAAACCAAAAGUAAUUGAAAAUUAUGAACAUGCUCUCAAUAUAUAUCUCAAUAAUGAUCAUUCACAAGUGAUCGAAAAUUUCAAAAAAGCAGCAAUAAUUUGUAAUAAUGUUAGCUCACUCUAUUAUGAGUGUCAAAAUAUAGAAAGGGCUCUUGAAUAUAUGGAGCAAGCACUUCAAUUCGAACUAAAAACUAAUGUUUCAACAUCAGAACUUGACGAUCAAGCAAUGUUUUCGCUUGCUUCUACUUAUUUAAACUUAAGCACACUCUAUGAAAAAUCGGGUAACGUCGAAAAACAAAUUUCGAAUUUAAAAAAGGUGUUAGAUAUAUACAGAAAACUCAUGAGUACUGACAGCUUCGCCGAAAUUUUUAUACAUAUAAAUAUAAUACAAAUUUGUCAAGAUUUGGGUGAUUGUUACGAAAGAAUGAACGAUAUUUCUCUUGCAUUCGAAUAUUAUCAAAAAGCUAUUAGUUAUCUACAAGAAUCAAACACAACUGAAGAAACGAAACGCAUCAAAUAUCAAGAACUUUCGGAAAAAUUAGAUAAAAUAAGGAUACACUAA